AUGUUUAUUUUUACUUCAUACUUUUGUUUCAUUUCAGUGCCACUACGUGCAAGUUCUACUGAUAUUUCUCCAAAUGCAAAAUGGGCACAGAAUGGUAUCACUGUUGCUGGAGGAAAUGAACUAGGCAGUGAAACCAAUCAACUCUCUCUUCCAUGGGGUUUGUACGUCGACGAUGAUCAAACGAUUUAUCUCGCUGAUUGUGAAAAUCACCGUAUUGUGGAAUGGAAAUCUGGUGCAACGAAUGGAAAAGUAGUUGCUGGUGGAAAUGGACAAGGAAAUGGAGCUCAUCAGUUAAACUGCCCAGUUGAUGUGAUUAUCGACAAAGAGACCGAUAGUCUCAUCAUCAGCGAUGGAGGGAAUAAUAGAGUAGUUCGUUGGCCUCGUCGAAAUGGUACUAGCGGCGAAACAAUUAUUUCGAAUGUCUCUUGCUUCGGUUUGACAAUGGACGACAAUGGAUCUGUCUAUGUCGUUGACAAUGAAAAAGAUGAAGUGAGACGAUAUAAAAUUGGUGAUACUCAAGGAACAGUGGUUGCAGGUGGCAAUGGAAAAGAACAUCGUCUCGAUCAACUCUCCGAACCCAGCUACGUAUUUGUCGAUCGAGAUCAUUCAGUUUAUGUGUCUGAUUAUGAAAAUCAUCGUGUAAUGAAAUGGAAAGAAGGUGCAAAACAAGGCAUUGUCGUAGCCGGUGGUCAAGGAGAAGGAAGUAGUCUCACACAAUUGAAUCAUCCUCAAGGACUUGUUGUCGAUCAAUUGGGUACUGUCUAUGUGGCUGAUGAUGGGAAUCGUCGAAUUAUGCAUUGGCCAAAAGGAGCCACACAAGGAAGUGUCAUUGUUGGUGGAAACGGUUCAGGAGCACAGUCGAAUCAACUCAAUGGUCCCGUGGCUUUAUCAUUCGAUCGACAUGGCAAUCUCUAUGUCGUCGAUUGGGGAAAUGAUCGUGUACAAAAAUUUAAUAUCGUUGGUACACGUCAUUUAUUAAUUCGUGAAAAUUAUGAUAUUAUUUUAUAUGAUGCUCAACAAAAGCGCUCAUUAACAAAAGUUCGACCAAAAUUAGAUGGUAAAGAUUGUUGGGAAAAAUUAACUUUUAUUUAUUUACAAGAUCAGAUUCCAAUGCUAUUAGGAGAUGUUGAAGAAUGCAUUAAACUUCUUAGACAAUGA